CAGGCAGGGACAGGCGCGUCCUUCAGUUCCUUUGAGGAAGUCCUGCCGUUGUGACGCUGUUCGCCACCUCUCCGCCUUUGCUUGUGUUACUUGUGCUUUCCCUCCUCCCUCCCGGCGCCAUGAAGUGCGAGGCCCAGGGUGACCAGGAUGCUCUCACAGACAUCGUGCUCUAUGCCCUGAUGGGCGUGAGCGCGGGCGCGGCCAGGGGAAUGCCGGACGCCAGCGGGAUGCAGACGACGUUGCUCUCCAUCCUGCGGGACCUCCUGAUGGAGAGCGGCACGCCCCCGCCCCCCUCGCUGGACCGCCUCCUGGCCAGGACGCGCAGGAACCAGCAGCGAAGGGCGCGGCGCCGCCAGCGGGACGCCCUCCGCCAGCAACAGGCAGGCGGAGCGACAGGAGGCGCCGGCGGAGCCCAGCCGUACCCUGGGGACGCCCGCAGGAUGAGAGCACCCGGACACGCCCCCGCCGGCGGCCCGACGCCCCUCCACCCGCAGCAGCCCCCGAUGCCAGGCCCUCCUAUGCCAGGCCUCCCGAUGCAAGGCCUUCCUAUGCCAGGCCUUCCUAUGCCAGGACUACCAAUGCCGUCGUUCGGGGCGGGGCCCUCAAACCAGCUGCCCCCCGGCGGCCUACCGCACCCUCUGCAGAACCAGUUGCGCAACAGCAACGUGGAGGGCAACCAGCUGGCGCAGAUGCUCGCCCAGAGGAACCUCGCGCCGAUGCCGCCGCAGCAGGGCGCGGCGCCAGUUCCCGGCUCAUCCCAAGGUCGUCGGCGCCCUCGACAAUCCCGCCCCCCACGAGAUCCCUGGUGCCCUACCGACCCUCACUACAGACAGGAGGGUGACAACGAAGAGUGACGACCUUGGCAACGCUGAGGCAAACCUUUUGGCAACACUGGUGCUUGCUUGUGACGACCUCAGAAGUGGCAACGCUGCUUGCGGAUCCGUGGCGUUGGCAGAGCUGUUCGAUUUUUGAUUUUUAAAGAAAUAGUCGUGAUGUUUUUGUGUUGAAUGUGUUUAUAUGUUUAUUGUUAUGUAUUAUAUGUAAAUAUAUAUAAAUAAUUAUUUUCUUUGA